AAAAACAGCAAAAUUACCCAUUUUAUCCUUCAAAUAAAUAAAAAGUUAUAAGAAAACAAAAACAAAAAUUGGAGUCUUUCUCAUUGUCGACACAUCUUCUCUCUUUAUAUAAACAAAUCUCACAAACCCCAAAAAUUCAUCAAACCCUUUCUUCACCACAUUAUUUUCACUGAGCGCAUAACAUUUUUGAGACAAGAGACUCUCUCUCUCUCUCUUCUCUCUUUCUCUCCCCCUCUCUCCGGCGAUGGUUGUUGCUAUGGACCAACGCACCAAUGUGAACGGAGAUCCCGGCGCCGGAGACCGGAAGAAAGAAGAAAGGUUUGAUCCGAGUGCACAACCACCGUUCAAGAUCGGAGAUAUAAGGGCGGCGAUUCCUAAGCACUGUUGGGUUAAGAGUCCUUUGAGAUCAAUGAGUUACGUCGUCAGAGACAUUAUCGCCGUCGCGGCUUUGGCCAUCGCUGCCGUGUAUGUUGAUAGCUGGUUCCUUUGGCCUCUUUAUUGGGCCGCCCAAGGAACACUUUUCUGGGCCAUCUUUGUUCUCGGCCACGACUGUGGACAUGGGAGUUUCUCAGACAUUCCUCUACUGAAUAGUGUGGUUGGUCACAUUCUUCAUUCUUUCAUCCUCGUUCCUUACCAUGGUUGGAGAAUAAGCCACCGGACACACCACCAGAACCAUGGCCAUGUUGAAAACGACGAGUCAUGGGUUCCGUUACCAGAAAGGGUGUACAAGAAAUUGCCCCACAGUACUCGGAUGCUCAGAUACACUGUCCCUCUCCCCAUGCUCGCAUAUCCUCUCUAUUUGUGCUACAGAAGUCCUGGAAAAGAAGGAUCACAUUUUAACCCAUACAGUAGUUUAUUUGCUCCAAGCGAGAGAAAGCUUAUUGCAACUUCAACUACUUGUUGGUCCAUAAUGUUCGUCAGUCUUAUCGCUCUAUCUUUCGUCUUCGGUCCACUCGCGGUUCUUAAAGUCUACGGUGUACCGUACAUUAUCUUUGUGAUGUGGUUGGAUGCUGUCACGUAUUUGCAUCAUCAUGGUCACGAUGAGAAGUUGCCUUGGUAUAGAGGCAAGGAAUGGAGUUAUCUACGUGGAGGAUUAACAACAAUUGAUAGAGAUUACGGAAUCUUUAACAACAUUCAUCACGACAUUGGAACUCACGUGAUCCAUCAUCUCUUCCCACAAAUCCCUCACUAUCACUUGGUCGACGCCACGAAAGCAGCUAAACAUGUGUUGGGAAGAUACUACAGAGAACCAAAGACGUCAGGAGCAAUACCGAUCCACUUGGUGGAGAGUUUGGUCGCAAGUAUUAAGAAAGAUCAUUACGUCAGCGACACUGGUGAUAUUGUCUUCUACGAGACAGAUCCAGAUCUCUACGUUUACGCUUCUGACAAAUCUAAAAUCAAUUAAUCUCCAUUUGUUUAGCUCUAUUAGGAAUAAACCAGCCCACUUUUAAAAUUUUUAUUUCUUGUUGUUUUUAAGUUAAAAGUGUACUCGUGAAACUCUUUUUUUUUUCUUUUUUUUUUAUUAAUGUAUUUACAUUACAAGGCGUAAAGUUUUGUUAUUUCUCUUUUCUUCUUUUAGUUACCAUCAAAAAGAUUUCAAUACUUUUGGUUCAGACAAAAGAAAAAGACAGUUCCACUGAAAGUACGACAAAAUGCACGCCGCUUAUG